AUGGCGGGGCAUGCUCUGAUGCUGUCAGCAUCCAGCCAAGCACGGCCUGGCAUCUUGCAGGUGCAGCGGGCCUUGAGAGUGCCCGGUGCGACCUUCACUGGAAAGGCGAGAUGCCGGCAGGGAGCAACGGUCGCCUCUUUGAGCCUCGCUGCGGGGAAGCUUCGGCGCCACGCAGCUUCGAGGGCUCAUCCCGGACGCCCGUUGGAUAAAUUCCAGGUCGGCGAGCAUGUGGAGGGGAUGGUGGUGCAAAUUUACUGCCCUGGCGGCGUCUCUGUAGAUGUGGGCUGCUCCGACACCUAUGCAUUCCUGGAAGUGGAGGAGUUCACAGAUGGUUUUCCACGGAAGGGGCCGUUCAAGUACAAGCCCGGAGAUCAGAUUUCUGCGAGGAUAUUAAGCGUGAACCCGGAAGCCAGGGCGGCGGGCCAUGGAGAGCCCGACCCGCAUGGAGAACACGGAGACACAGGCCGGCUGUACCUCACGCUGCGAUCGGGAGCGGACCUGGCGCGGCCUGAUCGUUACGUCGCGGAUUCAAGCAGGCCGGCAGACGUACGAGCUUUUCGGGAUACCGAGCAGGGUGAAUGGCUUACGGGAGAGGUGGUGAUGAUGUCGAGCUGGGCUGUGUACGUCAAGGUGACAUCACCUGCCGGAAAACCAUUUGUCGGCAUUCUUGCCGAGGAAGACUUCGACGGAGAAUUUGUGCAGGAUGUGGCUCGUGGCUCACAAGUUUCUGUGCGCAUUAAGGAG